ACAAGGGAACUAAGAGCAGAGCGGGGUUUGAGCCGGAUGUAAUCUGUGCGGCAACGGAAGGAACCGGAAGUAAUCGUUGGGGGGGUUAAUCACUAUUUUCUCUUCGUCGCUGGUUUCUCGUGGGUGAUCGCCAUGGCGUUGGAGACGGUGCCUAAAGACCUGCGGCACUUGCGGGCCUGUUUGCUUUGCUCGCUUGUGAAGACCAUUGACCAGUUUGAGUUUGAUGGCUGUGACAACUGCGACUCUUACCUACAGAUGAAAGGGAACCGGGAGAUGGUUUAUGACUGCACCAGCUCAUCCUUCGAUGGUAUCAUCGCGAUGAUGAGCCCCGAAGACAGCUGGGUUUCCAAGUGGCAACGAAUCAGUAACUUCAAGCCCGGUGUCUACGCAGUGUCUGUGACUGGCCGUCUGCCACAAGGAAUUGUGCGAGAGCUGAAGAGCCGCGGGGUGGCCUACAAGUCUCGGGACACGGCCAUAAAGACCUAAGGAACUCUCUUGCGCCUCCAGGCCUCCCAUUUCUGUACAGUCUUUAGAGUUCUGUAGAGACUGUAACAGUCUCUAUUACCUUGAGCUGCCCUAAUAUUGCAGAGGGGAAACAGGGAUGAACGAGCAGGACUCAAAAGGGCAGCUUCAUCAUAGUCUUGGCAGCUGAGUUGGACAGAGAUUUCCUUGAGAGUCUGUGAGCAAGAGCAGCUCUCAAGGGAAUCGAUAAGGUGCGCGUUCUGUAAAUAUUUCAAAUAAAUUGUUACCGAAUCAGAAAA